UUAAUGAAGAAUGUAAUUUUUUACUGUGAACUAACCUCAAAUGAUGGUAACCUAUGAUAUCAAAAGAUUAUCCUUUAACAAAAAACUUAAGGAUUAGUAAUUUUAUAUUAAUGGAUUUAACAAUUUUACUAUGACAGAAAGAACAGAAGACAGUGGAUAUGAAAAUGAUAUACCUCAUUCUUAUGAUGGUAUUAACUGGAAGUUAGAUUCCAUUUACAACAUUAGAGUAGCAAAUAUUUAUGAUCCCUCCAAAUUUUGGAUAGUGCAUUUUACGGAAGAGUUAGAUUUAUUUUUUUCAUUUAUGAACAGUUUUUACAAUGAAAAAUAUGAAGAGUAUCGAAUGCCAAUAGAAUCUAUGAAAAGAAACACUUACUGUGCAGUUUACACAAAUAAUGGGUUUUAUAGGGCUCUUAUUGUGGAGAUUACAAAUAGGGUGAGACCAGAUGAUAGGAUCAUUGUAUUUUUAUUGGACUUUGGUUAUACUAGCACAGUUUCUCCAGAUAACAUAUAUAGAUUGUACGAGAAGAUGUACCAUAUGCCUAGAUGUGCCAUAAGAGCUUGUUUAUAUGGAGUUGAACCUUAUGAUUCAGAUACUUGGACCACCCAAGCUACAGAAAAGUUGAAGGAGUUAACCCAAGGCAAAAUAUUAAUGUGUCAGUUGUGCGCAAUUGAUGACGAAUAUAAAAUAGUGUAUAUUAGAAUUGUGGAUACAGCUCACUUUCCUGAGCAAAUCGACAUUGGAGAAACCCUAAUUAUCAAAAAAAUGGCAAAACUAGCCAGAAAAAAAGAUAUGAAAAUGACAGAAAAACACAUAGAAAAAUUUAUACCCAAAGUUAGGUAUCCGCAUUUGUGUCCAUCCUUUGACCUUCUAGAAAAUGGGACGAUGCCUUCAUCAGUGCAUGUUGCGGAGUUAUUAAAAACAUAUAUGAUGGCUGCCAAAUUAUUUCAACCAUAUUAUACGCGUGCGGUGGAAUAGAUUGAAGGAGACGUUCUAUACCGCUUCUAGACAGCUCUAUAUCUAUAAAGAUUUUUGGAUUUUAAUUUUUAGUUUUCUUACAGUGAAUAUCAUUACAUAUUAUGGAAUAAAUAUUUUUUUAAUUUU